AUGUUAUCCAUUGUUAAUUCUAUUUGUUGGUUUAAUAUUCUUAUUGUUAUCAGUGGAUCUCUAAGUAUAUCGUACAAUCAACCUCGAUUUAGUUCAUGUGCAAUAUGGGAUAUAAACGCAACUACAGUAAUUGGUAGUUCUCCACUGGGAUCCAGUCCCUAUGGUCUAUUUAUCAAUAAUAAUAAUACUUUAUAUGUAACAUCACGAAAAAAGAACAAUACUCAGAUAUGGCCUGAAGGUGCUGGUAGUUCUACUAGUACUUUUUCUAUUGAUUUAGCUGCUCCUGCUGGAAUCUUUGUCACAGAUGCAAAGGACGUUUAUAUCGAUAAUGGACUUUACAAAAAUGAAGUGAUUAUGUGGCCAUUUAAUCAAACGAAUAGCAUCGUUGUUAUGAAUGUUAGCGGACGAUGUCACUCGCUUUUUAUUAAUAUUAACAAUACGCUUUAUUGUUCUAUGGGGGAUCUUCAUCAAAUCGUCAGCAAAUCGUUAAAUGAUACUGCUAAUACAUUACCAACAAUUACUGCAGGUAACGGUUCUAAUGGAUCAAUGGCAAAUUUACUUUCUACUCCUUAUGGUAUCUUUGUCGAUACUAAUUUUGACUUAUAUAUAGCCGAUAGUGGUAAUCAUCGUAUUCAAGUUUUUCAUUUUGGUCAGUCGAAUGGAACAACUGUUGUAGGCGAUGGAUCGCCAAUUAAUUUUGCACUUAAUAGUCCGUCGGAUGUUAUACUUGAUGCUGAUGGAUAUUUAUUUAUUGUUGAUCAAGGCAAAAAUCGUAUCAUUGGAUCAGGACCGUAUGGUUAUCGAUGCAUUGCUGGAUGUUCAGAACUGAAAAAUACAACAGCUGAUACAUUGAAUACUCCGUUCGGUAUUGCUUUUGAUAGUUAUGGUAAUUUAUUUGUGGUUGAUACAGGUAAUUCUCGAAUUCAAAAAUUUGUUCUCAGAAACAAUUCUGUCGCUUGCAUUGAAUCGACAACAGAAACAACUUCGAUGCUGUUAUCAACCAAUUUGGAAGAAGAUACAACAAUAUUAACUACAACUUUAGAAUAUAUUGCAACGGUCGAAGUUUCCAUUGAGGUAUCAACAACAGUUGCAGCAUUUAUAAGAAAAUCCAAUUAUUAUUUUGUUCCUGAAAACUGUAUCAAUUCUAAUUAUAUUGGCGUGUCUUGUAAUCAAACAAGUAAUCCAUGUGAUAUGCUUCGUCCAUGCCAAAAUUCAGGCACUUGUUAUUCUAAUAUCAGCACUUUCGAUCGUUAUUCUUGUUUAUGUGCCGAUGGUUUUAGUGGUAGUAAUUGUCAAUACGAUUAUCGACUUUGUAAACCUAACAAAUGUUGGAAUAAUGGUUCUUGUAUGAUAUUAUCUAAUACGAGUUUUUUAUGUGUGUGUUCAUCUAUUUGGCAAGGUAUAUAUUGUCAGACAACAAUGAAUUAUUGUGGCAAUAUUACUUGUUUGAAUAAUGCUGUCUGUCGUUCAUUAUUAUCUGAUUAUAAAUGUGAAUGUUUAACAAGCAGUUUUUCGGGUCGUUUUUGCGAACACAAAGCUAAUUCUCUCAUUGUCAAAGAAAUCAUUUCGAAAACACUAUCUUAUAUUGCUAUUCUAGCCAUAGUCAUCGUUAUGUUUUUCGUAAUUGUACUCGACGUACUGAAAUAUAUAUUUCACAUCGAUCCAGUUUAUGAAGAACGCAGUCGACUUGCUCGUCGAAAACAAUUUAUUCGUAUUCAAACAAAACCUCCUACUCUAAUCAGACCUUUCUUUAUCGAUUAA